GCAGGUCCAGCAAGCCAGGCAGGUCGGUGGUUGAGUCGGGUGCACUCACGAUUUAGUUGAGCGUUGAGAGUGAACCGAAGUGGUCGUGCUUUUUUUCGUCGUCGCGCGUCGGAACGUCGAGUCGGUGUUGUGUGCGUGCGUGACAAAUACGACGCAAAGAAGGAAGUGUGUAGCAGACGAAGCGCGAAGUAGCAGCUAGAAGAAGGAAAGACUCGGUGUGUAUCAAGAAGUGGGAAGUGUCUAGCAGAACGACGAGGUGAAGAAGGUAGCGACGCAAACUGGACAUGCAAGGCUCGUUGACUGCCAACAAGAACUGCAAACAGACGAGUCUUCCUGCCGUCGUCGUCGUCGUCGUGCCAUCGAACUUUGAGCAUCGGCUUCGUCGUGACCUGCGGCUACGAGGAUGAUGCGACGGGAUCAACAGACGCCGUCCUCAUCCACAUCCACCAACGGUGGCAACAGAUCGGCUUCGAUUACACUGCUGGACGGGUCACUGCCACCUGCCGUCGUCAACGCGGCAGGUAUCCGUGAUGCACGAAGCAAGAGUGCGGACACCAUGAGACGGGACAAGCUGGACGGCAAGGCGGCAGCGGCCGCUUUGAUGUACAUGCAGCUCCAGAUAAAGGAGGAAGCGGCCGAUCCGGACAUCCAGGCCGACUCGGAAGUAUCCCUCGACGCCAACAGCACGCUCGCCCAAGUCCUCGAGGACUUCUCCAACGAUGAGGCGCCCCACGAGCCGGAAAUCGAAAUCAAAACCCGCUCGCUCGCGGACGAGUCCGCCUUCCGGAAGCAGUUCGGCCUGUCGACCGGCACCGCCGCCGCCGCCCAAAAGUCGCUCCAGUUCCAGCUGGGCAACAUGUCGUACCAGCUGGCGGACCAGAUGUUCAAACCCACCCCCGUCAACCUGCUCACCAAGGACAUGCUCGAGCAGAAGAUCACCGAGAAGGAUCCGGAUCUGGUGUACCGGAAGCACCACAACAACAACAGCACCUGGGCGCGUUACAUGCCGAUGUACUACAAAGGGGUCAAGCAGAACUACGUGCGGUGUUUGGAGUGCGGCUGGUUGGUUCUGCACAAGGCCAGCACCGGAACGGGAUCGCUGCUGAGGCACAAGUGCAAGAUCAAGCUGCCGUCCGGGGUGGAGGUGAAGAUCGAGCAGCAACCGGCCUCCAACCGGAACCUCCCGACGAAGCAGACCAACGGAAGUGGGGGAGGUGCCUCGGCGACGGCUGCGGCGGCCAAGUUCCAGACGACAGCUAUGCCGCAGAACGUGAUCGAUGAUCUCGUGCGGCAGCAGGCGUGUUUCCUGUACAAAGAUCUCAGCAGCGUGGAGCUGUUCGACAGUGCGAGCUUCCGGACGUUCGCGCAGAUGUUGGUCAACGUUGGGGUGUACUACGGUCAGCAGGAUAUUGGGUUCCUGGCGGAUAAGUCGAAGCUGCUGGAUCGGAUAAUUCCCUCGAUCUACCAGCAGGCCAGGAUGCAGCUGAACCAAGCGUUGGUGGACUGUGAUCUCAGCUACAGUUUGAGCAUGUUCCGGAACGAGGCGGAGCAGAAAUCGUACGUUACGGUUAAUUCCUACACGGUUGCAGAGGAUUACUACUUCCGCAAGAUCAACGUUAAGACUGUCCAAGUAGAUGAGCUAGAUGAGUUUGUUGGCAGCAUGCCGACGAUAAUUCCUGAGAUUUUGGAGCGAGAACAGACGGAACCGCUGAAGCUGGUGUACGGUUCCAAACUCAACGUGCCACGCUCCGAGGAGUUCGAGCUGAUUCCGUGCGUGGUGACCGCCCUCUGGGGGAUCAUGAAGAAGAUCAUGGACAUGUUCGAGUUUGACAGCGAACAGUACGUGGAGAAGAUCUUCCUGGCCGAAGAUGACGACGAGGACGAGGAUGCGAUGAAGAAGAUACUGGCUCCGUUCAAGGAACCACUGCGGAGUCUGGUGGCGGACGGGACGGCGACAAUAAGCGAGGUGGUUCUCUGGAAGAAGAAGCUGGAGAAACACUUUCGCGUUGAGGAGGCAGACGACGAGAACAUGAAGACUAUUAAAGAAGCAUUCCAGAUGCAGAUCAAGCAAAGCUUGAAGCUGCACGACUACCACAAGAUAGCGGUCUUCCUGGAUCCGAAGUUCAAGGGACUUCGCUUCCUAACCGAAGAGGAGCGCGUCGAAACGCUUGCCAUCGUGAAGGCGCAACUGGCCCGCGAUCAGGACGGGAUCGAGCAGCUGCGGAAGCUACACUCGAGCGGCAAAAAGAACGUCGACAUCCAGAAGGAGUCCAAGUUCUACGAAUUUAUGGACCUCUCGCUGGAGGUGGAAUCGUCCGACGUGGUGGACGACGAAAUUCGCCAGUACGUGGACGUCAAGCUGGAAGCCCCGGUGGACGUCCUGAGCUACUGGCGCACCGAGUGUUCCUUCCCGCUGCUCAAGAAGCUCUGCCAGCGAGUACUAAACAUUCCAGCGGCCUGUGAUGACAUGAAGCUGCGAUUCGGCCGAGCCGACCAGCUGGACUUCCUCAAGAAGCGGGCCGUACUGCGCGAGGAGGAGAUCGACAUGAUGCUCUACUUGAACCAGAAUGGUCCGUGAAAAGCAAAUAAAAGACUUGAAAUGUGUUAUUUUUAUACUAAA